AUGAAAACUAUUGAUUUCGCAGCCGUAGGCCAAACAACUAAUCUCAAAUCUCCCGCUGCACGUAUGCGCUACACGAGACUGAAACGCCAGAUUGAAAAGGGGGUUAUUGGGGCGAAUGCGAAUAUUAAUCUUGGGAGUGGGGGGGAUGAGAGGGAGAGAAAUGGAGAAGAGAAGGAAAGAAGGAAGGAGAAACGAGAGAAGAAGAUGAGAGAGAAAAGAGAGAAGGAGAAGAAGAGGGAGAGAGAGGGUGUUGAAAAGAAGGAGAAAGUGGAAGCUAAGGAGUGGAACAGGGUGGAAGGCGGAAUGCGAACGGGGAUGGGGAUGAGGAUGGAGAUGGGGAUGGGGAUGGAAAUGAAAACUUAUGGUGGAGUGGAGAAAAAAGAAGGGAAGAGAAAGAGGGAAAUUGAAGAUAAUACGGAAUCGGACACAGAUGCGAUCUCAGAACCGGAUUUCCAUCUCCAAGGAUGGAAAAACUCCAUACUCAACAACACAACCUCUCCAUUCCCUGCAGAUCCUCCCCCACUCAUCCAACUUUCCACGCACCCGCACGCCGAAUAUCCCUCUCACCCAUACAUGCACAACCAUCCCGCAACUUCCGCUCCCCAAACCAACAUCUCGCAAAGCGAUCUUUCAGAAUCACAACCCAUCUCUCAAACUCUUCUCGACCAACUCCCCUCCCAAACAUUCUCCUCUCCUCCACUCAACCCCCAAAUAAAACUCGAACCCUACUCCCCCUUCUCCUCUUUCUCCUCCUAUUCCACGGAGCGCAGCCUACCCAAUCUUCACGAGCGCACCGAAGACAAAGACGCAGAUUCCGAAGACGAAAUGCCGCUUGCCAAACGUCGAGGUGUGGGAAAACGACACACUUCUCAAUCUCAAUUUCAAUCUCAAUCUCAAUAUCCAAAUGGAAAUCCAAAUCCAAGCAGAGAAGCAACUUCACAUACGCAUGCGUCGAAAAUCGCAGAGGGAUACAGAAAUGCACAUUCGCAUUCUCAUUUUCAUUCUCAUCCGUAUUCUGAGACGAGAGAUCCGCAACAAAAUGUAUGUGCAGAAGAAUACACAUACACACAUCCUCCUCUUCUCGAUUCCACCCACGAACCUAGUACUUCUCAAUACGCACACGCACACGCAUACGCAUACCCAACUCCCUACACCACCCCCUACAAAUCCAUCUACAUCCCUCAAACUCCCACUUCCCACGAAACCUUCGAGUCCUUAAACUCCACUCCCUCAUCCCCAUUAAGCCCCCUUCCCUCUCCCUCCCCCUCCAAAUCCCCCUCCGCACUCUCAAACCCACCUCCUCAUCCCUACAACUGGGCCGAUACAUACCAAUCCUACCGGCAUCUAUGGGGCACCGAACGUAUCGCACGGGUUUCGUCCCCGCCGCCAUCUGUAUCGAUUUCUUCAUCUUUGCCUCUAUAUCAUAAUCGUAACCAUGAUUAUAAUCACAGUCAAAGUCACAGUCACAGUCAAAGUCAUAACCACAAUAAUAUCGCAAACGCUAAUGCGAUUUCCGAUUCUGAUGUUCCUCUUCCUAACAAAUCGCCUCCUUCGAAUACUCAUUUAUUAUCGCCGCAGUGGUGA